UGGGGCGGGAUCAAGAAGGUCCAUUUCAAGGAACCAGGCUGAAGAGACAGGAAAAUCCACCCUUCCGUGUUGAUCUUGUCGGGGCAGCGUGGUCUGGCACUGCACGUGGAAGACCCGGCCGGGUAUUCGGGGCCUGAAAUCUCCCCGGAGCCGCAGUCGCCGCGCGGGGCGGCCUGGGAAAGUCACCAGUCAGCAGCGCAGUGGCGGGAACCGCAGCCCGGCGGCCCUGGAACCUCCCAGAUUUGUAUUUUUGACAAGUUGAUACAAAAUUUCAACAAGAGUUACAGUCUUUGUUUCUGGGAAACUCAAAGAAGAGCACCAAGAACAAUGAAUGCUUCUGUGGCUAAUGCUCCCCAGGGUCUGUUAUCAUUCAGGGAUGUGGCUGUGGACAUCUCACAGGAAGAAUGGGAAUAUCUAGAUUGUGCUCAGAAGGCUUUGUACAUGGACGUGAUGUUGGAAAAUUACAACAAUCUACUCUUUGUGGAGAACCAUUGCAUAUGUGGUAAAUAUGAGAAGGUCUUGCAUCAAGACACAAAGCAUUUCAUCCAUGAUCAUGAAAAUGUCAAAGAGAAGUCUUAUAAAUGUAAUGAGCUUGGCAAAGUGAUUCAUGAACUCUGCCAAUGUAGAUCUUAUGACACAAGUGAUACUGCAGAAAAUUACAAGUACAGCUUUUUUAACCACAGAGAUGCCUGUGUUGAAACCUUAAACAUCAACAGACACAAAAGUGGGAAUGCUGGAGAAGAACUUUGCAAAUAUAAAGACUGUGGAAACUGUUUAAAUUUGUGUUCUAUCAUUAGCCAAAAUCGAAGCACUCACUCAAUAAAGAAAAAACACAAAAAUACGGAGCAUGAUACAUCUUUUGACUCUAAUACAGAAAUCACAUUGAAACAAACAGAUAGCAGGAAGAAAGCACAUCAGUGCAGGAAAUGUGGGAAAUGCUUCAAGACUCACUCAAGCCUCAUUAGGCAUCAGAGAGCCCAUUCCAGAGAGAAUUCCUAUAAAUGUGCAAAUUGUAAUAAAUCCUUUCUGUAUUUUUCACAACUCCAACUACAUUACAAAAUCCAUUAUAGGGGAAAACCCUACAAAUGUACAGACUCUGGUAAGUGCUUUUAUGAUCUAUCAAAGUUUAAAAGACAUUAUAAGAUCCAUAUUGGAGAGAAACCUUUCAAAUGUAGUGAAUGUGACAAAUUCUUUGCCAAAAAAAGCAAUCUUAGAACUCACCAGAGAAUUCACACAGGAGAGAAACCUUUCAAAUGUAGUGAAUGUGACAAAUCCUUUGCCGUAAAAGGGAGAUUGAGAAUUCAUCAGAGAAUACAUACAGGAGAGAAACCCUACAAAUGUAGUGAAUGUGACAAGUCUUUCAAGGAGAAAAGCCAUCUACAAGCUCAUCAGAAAAUACACACAGGAGAGAAACCUUUCAAAUGUAGUGAAUGUGACAAAUCCUUUGCUGAGAAGAAUACAUUUACAAUUCAUCAGAGAAUACACACAGGAGAGAAACCUUUCAAAUGUAGUGAAUGUGACAAAUCCUUUACCACAAAACACCAUCUUAGAAUUCAUCGGAGAAUCCACACAGGAGAGAAACCUUACCAAUGUAGUGAAUGUGACAAAUCCUUUACUACAAAAGACCAUCUUAGAAUUCAUCAGAGAAUUCAUACAGGAGAGAAACCAUUCAAAUGUAAUGAAUGUGACAAAUCCUUUGCCGCAAAAGGGUCAUUGAGAAUUCAUCAGAGAAAACAUACAGUAGAGAAACCCUACAAAUGUAGUAAAUGUGACAAAUCUUUUAAGGGGAAAAGCUAUCUUCAAGCUCAUCAGAGAAUCCACACAGGAGAGAAACCUUACCAGUGUAGUGAAUGUGACAAAUCUUUUAGUAUGAGAUACCAGCUUAAAAGUCAUCAGAGAAUCCACACAAAAGAGAGACCUUAUAUAUGUAGUCCAUGUCACAAAUUGUUUACCACAAAAGAAGGUCUUAAAAGUCAUCAGAGAGUCCACACAGAAGAGAAACCUUUCAAAUGUAGUGAAUGUGACAAAUACUUUAAAAGACGCUCCGCUCUUGGAAAACAUCUGAAAAGACAUAAAGAUGAGAAAUCUUACAAAUGUAGUGAAUGAAAAAUCCUUUACUGACAAUGCAGCACUUAGAAAUCAUCAGAGAAUACAUACAGGAGAAAAAUCUUACAAAUGUAGUGAAUGUGACAAAUCCUUUAUCCUAAAAGUCUGUCUUAGAGAUCAACAGAGAAUACAUACAGGAGAGAAAGCUUUCAAAUGUGCUGAAUGUGACAAAUCUUUUACUACGUAACACCAGCUAAAAAAUGUCAUCAGAAUCCACUCAGGAGAGAAACCUUACAAAUGUAGUGAAUGUGACAAAUCCUUUACCUGGGACUCAUCUCUUAGAAUACAUCGGAGAAUACAUACAGGAGAGAAACCUUACAGAUGUAGUGAAUGUGACAAAUUCUUUACCCGGGGCUCACCUCUUAAAACACAUCAGAAAAUACAUACAUUAGAGAAAGUUUAAAAAUGUAGUGAAUGUGAGAAAUCCUUUUCUGUUGGUUUAGCUCUUAGAAUAUGUUCUGGGAUGUUUGAUUACACUAUGAAACCUGAGUGUUAGUAAUAUCAACCUUAGAUCGGGUGCAUCAUAAGUUUAUGCAGAGUGAAAAUGAAAAUGUAGGACAAUUUUCGUCAACUUUUUACCUGUUCAUUGCCAAAUACUUCAUAAUGAAAACAAAAUGCAGACCUCAAGUAUAUGCUCUUUAACAGUUUCCCGGAUAUUGGAGUGAUACAUUCUGAGGGAAGCUGAUUAUGGCAGGGAAUACACCACUCAAAACAUUAAAGAAAUCUCUGAAACCUACAGAAUUCAGUCAUCUUAAGUUGAAGAAGUCAUGCCCCUUGGAAGCGGAUUUUAGCCAUCACUAUAGGAUGCUCUUUAGAUAUGCCUGCAGACAGGUGUGCAGUGUGUAUCAAGGGUUUAUUAUUCAGAAGCAGUAUCACAUUCUGGUUUCAAGUCAUGAUAGCAACUAUGUUUGAUUCCCUUAUGCUCCUGUAAGUAACUGCUUCCCCAUAUUCCUGUAAGCAAUCCCAAUAAAGCUCAUUGAUUCAAAAAA